CGUUCCGGCUCGCCAGACCACCACUCACUUGUUUCGCCCACGCCUAUCCCCAGUGUCACUCCCCCAGUUGAUGGACAGUUUGCGCCGCGGCGCGCGACUGCAGCCGCCGGAUUUGGAACAAUGAGCUGCUGCGGCCUGGGCGUCAAUGCCUUUCGACCCAGCGUCCAGAUUGCCGCCAGGCAACUAUCGAGGAGCAGCUUUGGACUAUCGCUGGCUUCGCUGCCGCCGGCCCGAUGUCUGUCGUCCCGGUCCUCCACAACUUGGCAACCAUGGCGGCCACCACAAAAGUAUGGACAAGAUGCGGUUAAAGCUUUCCGCGCCCUCGUAUUGUACAGUCGUACACCAUUCAUGCUGCAAUACCCCGGCAUCCGGACCAUAUUCAGCGGACACCGCGUCAUCACCCAUUACGUCGACAUACCACCGACCUAUACAGACCGUGACGGGCUACCGUUCGCCAGACGUGACAUGGAGGCGCGCGAGGUGAUUACCUUGUUUGGCCCCUCGAUGAGCACUGUUGCUGCGAACCAACUGCUGCGCAUUCUCCACGGCCGGCGCGUGGCCGGCACACUCGAGGACCCGAACCUGCAGAUCAACACAGCUCACUUCUCGAAAAAGCAGCAGGCGAUUGCCCUUGACUAUCUUCGAAAGCAUGUACCUGUCGACGAGGUUGUAAACGCUGGCCUCCGGGCUGAGGACGAACUGGCUGCUCUGGAGAAUGUUGGCGCGGAGGAGGCCGGAGCGAGUUCCGAUCCGGGCUACACUACUAGGCUGAAGCUUUACAAGGACUUGGACCCCAAGGACAAAAAGAGCUUAUACGGGGAGAGCCAGUUCGACGCGAUCCGUGCCAAGAACCAGGCUAAGUGGGAAGCCAAGCGCAAGCAACAGGAGGAGGAAAGGCGGAAGCGGGAAGAGGAGGAGAGACGGGCCAGGCCGGGGCCUCUGCAGACAAUAGACGGGCAGCCGCAGAGGAUGAUCGGCAAAAUCAGACUACCCGAACCUACGCCUGCGAUGCAGGAGUAUAUAGCCAAGGCCACAAGCGACCUAAAGGAGCCGCCUAAGAUGCCGGCGUGGAAGCGCAUCCUGCCGUCGGCUGUCUUCGCUCUGGUCUUGAGCGGUGCUCUGGUUGCGUAUUCCGAGUUCUACCAGCCGCUCAAGCCAACAGAGCGGUUGUUCCCCGGCGUGCCCCCGGCGGCCGCCACGGUUGGCAGCCUGAUCCUGCUCAAUGUUGUGGGCUGGUUUCUGUGGAAGAUUCCUCCGAUCUGGCCCUUUCUGAACCGGUACUUCCUGGUCGACGUUGCGGUCCCAAGGGCGCCAACGGUGCUGUCGUCCCUUUUCUCGCACCAGUACCUUCGCCAUCUCGUGCCCAACAUGAUAUUUUUGUGGAUUCUCGGGACACGCCUUUAUGACGACGCUGGAAGGGGCACCUUCCUCGCGACGUAUGUCAGCUCUGGCAUGAUUGGGUCCGUGGGAACGCUGACGUGGGCAGUCCUCACGAAGCGUUUGGGCACCACGACGCUGGGCGCGUCAGGAGGCGUGUAUGGAGUCAUGGGUGCCUAUCUCUGGAUGCACCGGCUCGACACUUUCAAGAUACUUGGCCUCCCUCCGCCCCCUAGCGAGGGAUUCCAUGGAAUUACUCUCUUGGCGCUCGCGGUGGCCUUGCAGUUGCCUAUGCUUUUCUCUAAGAAGACGGUUCUGACAGACGUUACGGCGCAUCUGGUGGGGCUCAGCGUCGGAAUUGCUGCUGCCCAUCUGCUGGAGAUGAAGAGGGAAGCUCAACGGAAGCUUCAGGAGAAGUCGGCCCAAGGGGACGGCAUUGCGCGAGCGCUGCCGGUAGCAAAGGAAUAGGGCCUAGCCGGGCCACUGACUUCUUGGAUAAGGUACCGUAUAAAGCAAGUGAAGGUGUAAUGUAGAUAUGGGGUUAUUGCAUGUACAAAUACAAUACGCUGUCUCAUGGUAAACUACGCUAUAACAGUUUAUGUGAAUACUGUGU